AUGUCAUCUGGGUGAUCCUCAGCGUGGAAGUUGGAGGACUUCUAGGUGUAACACAGCAGCUGUCAUCCUUUGAAACAGAGUUCAACACGCAACCACAUCGCAAGGUAGAAGGAAACUUUAACCCAUUCGCCUCUCCACAGAAGAACAGGCAACCAGAUGAAAACAACCUAAAAGACCCUGGGGGUUCCGAGCUAGGCACAAUCAGCAAAAACACAUGGGGGCCUGCUCCUGACCAAAUUGAACAAGAUCAGAAUGGACUGUCACAAAACUCUGUAAAUCUCUCCCCCAGCAGUCACUCGAACAACUUGUCGGUAGUGACAUACAGUAAGGGUUUCCACGGUCCUUAUCCCUUCGGACAGUCUUAAAACACAAAAACACAAAACGGGUAUCGAGAAGAGGAGAAUUUAACAAAGAACUGACUUUUGGGGGAAGGGAGGGGGAUUCAUGUGCCAGACAGACACAACGUGGACCCCCCCCUUCUCUGCCUCCGUGUUCUGGAUAAAGAAGAAAAAACAAAAGCCCACUAACUAAGACUAGUUGUUUCCAGAGAAAAAUACAAAAUCUAAGUACGCAUGCGUGAAUGCUGGAUUUCAGGAGUGUUGUUAAAUGCUAUGAGGAGGAAAAUAUACCAACACCAUGGGGUUUUUUUUAGAAAUCAUUCUCACACAUAAUUAGGUAGCUUAAAAAGUUUAAAAAAUGAAAAUGAAAAAGCCAUCUUUAAAAAAAAAAUAUUUUGCCUACAGAGUGAUUGUAGUUUGAGCAAAUGUUUAAUUUCUGUUUGUUUCUUGUUCAUAUUUUUUUAAAUAAGGGACAGCGUGCAUUUUUAUGGAACUGUUAUGUUUUGCUUGCUACCGAAUGGGAAUUUGCUUAGCAUCUUC